AUGUUGUUUGGCCUGUUCAAAACACCCCAUGAAAAGAACAUUGAAUUCAAACGUGCUGAGAGAGCGUCUCGCAUCGCUGCCUUGCCUGAAAUUUACAAGCAGCCAGUGACCCAUGAGGAACAGAUUCUACUGGACAAACCUGCCCGAGAGGUUGUCGACCUGAUCCAGAAAGGAGAGUUGGAGCCGAUUGACGUUCUCCACGCAUACGGGAAACGUGCAAUUGAGUCUCAGGAGAAGAUUAAUCCCCUGACGGAGAUUAUGAUUUCUGAUGCGGAGGAGUGGGCCAAGAACUGCAACCGUAAGGGGCCCCUGGCCGGCUUCCCUGUGUCCAUCAAAGACUCACUCAACGUUAUUGGCUACGACUCUUCAAUUGGCUUUUCCAAGUACGUUAAACAGCCUGCUCAAACAGAGUCCGCUGCUGUCAAAAUGCUUAGAGACGCUGGUGCCGUGCUAUACGUCAAAACUAACAUCCCGCUCACUCUUCACACCAUUGAAUGCUAUAACGAUAUAUUCGGUGUGACAGAGAAUCCUCACAAAGGCGGCUACACACCUGGUGGCUCAUCGGGGGGUGAAGGAGCCCUCAUUGGUUGGGGCGGCUCUCGCUUGGGCGUGGGCACAGAUGUUGCCGGAUCUAUUCGUGUCCCUGCUCACUUUUGCGGUAUUUACGGGUUGAGGCCUAGUACGGAGCGCUUCCCAUCGAGCGGACAGCGGCCACCAGCACCUGGCCAAGACGGUAUUAUGUCGUCCACCGGCCCCAUGUGUCGCACAAUGGAUGAUCUUACGUUUUUCAUGAAGACUAUGGUUGACAUGAAACCGUGGGAGUACGACUUUUCAUGCAUUCCUUUGCCUUGGCGUGAAGUUGAAUUGCCCAAAAAGAUCAAGUUCGGCGUCAUGUGGUCUGAUGGCAUUGUUGAUCCUUCGCCCGCCUGCCAUAGAGCACUGCAAAUGACCGUUGAUGCUGUUAAAAAGCAGGGCCACGAAGUAGUGGACUUUGUUAUUCCUGACGCCCUAUAUGGACACGCUCUUGGUGGAAAGGUCAUCUGCUCCGAUGGUCUUGAACAGACUUCUUCGGGACGAUACUUUGGAGAGCGGAACGAUAAAGGUGUCGAUCGUGCAAAGUGGUUCGGUCGUCUGCCCCGCUUUGUGAAACGUAUCUAUGCUUGGUUUGUUGAGAACGUUUGGGGUGAUAAAGUUUGGGCCACUGUAAUUCGCAGGUUCGAUCAACAUAGCAUUCUUGAGCACCGCGAAAACACCUACAAGAAGUUCCAGUGGCGUCAAAAGGUAUUCGAUGCCUGGAAAGAGUCCGGAAUCGACUUUUUAUUGACAGUCCCCCACUCUACUCCCGCUUUCCCUCAUUACACUUUCUAUGACUCGUUUACCGGACUUGACUACACCUUCUUGUUCAACAUUCUUGACUAUACUGCUGGUGUGUUGCCUGUAACCCACGUUGAUCGCAUGAAGGAUCAGCUGCCCCCCGACUUCAAGUUGUCGAAACUCAAUGGCGUUGCUAGGGGAACUUUCAAGUGCUACGACGCAGAGAAGAUGCAUGGACUUCCCGUGGGUGUGCAGAUCGUUGGUCGUCGCAGCGAAGAGGAAAAGGUACUGAAGGGUAUGGAAUUGCUUGAGGAGGCGCUACAUGCUAAUGGCGUAGUUUAUCAGCAGCUCAAUGCUUCGGUUUAA